AAGCGAAUGAGUACACUCCAUGCAAAUUGGCAAAAAGGAAGAACAAUCAUAAGCUUCACAAUGAAGCAAUUCUAAAUUCAGAGAUCACAAAAAGCACCCCCUCUAUAUUCCCCCAUUCCAACAAAUUUCUCAACAACAAUCUCUUCCAACCGCCAUUCCUUAUGAAGCCAAUUUCUUCAUCUUUCAUCAAUGGCUAAACGGUUGGAUAACCUUUCCUAUUAUUCCCAGCUCGUUGUGUUCUCUUUGCUAAUUGUGUUGUUUUUCUGUGAUGGGGUCUCUUCUGAGAGUGUUAAAAACGACUACAAAUCGGCCGUCGGCGACCCGGGAAUGCGAAGAGAUAGCCUCCGAGUAGCCAUUGAGUCAUGGAAUCAAUGCAAUGAGGUUGGAGAAGAAGCUCCUCAGACUGGCAGUCCAAGGGCUGCUGAUUGCUUUGACAUUUACCAAACUUCUCCAUCCAAGAAAGGCAAUAAAUGUUGCAAGGGCAGUGUUCCUCAAUACCUACUUGUCCACAGAGUCACACCCAUUGACAACGCUUUGAAAAUGGGUGCUCCAUUCCCUGGAAUGCAACAAGAAACUCUACACAAUGUAGACCUUUAUGCGGCAGAGAAGGAGCUUUAUUUGGGCUCCAAGUGUCAAGUUGAAGACACUCCAAAUCCAUGGCAAUUUUGGAUGAUCAUGCUCAAGAAUGGUAACAUGGAUACUUAUGCAGCCAAGUGUCCUAAAAAUGGUGUAAAAGUAGGACCUUUUGGUCCGGACAAUAAUUUCCCUUGUUUUGGAAAAGGGUGUAUGAGCCAGCCAUCUAUUUACCAUGACUAUACCACAUUGCAAGGACCAAAUCAGACUAGUCUAAAGGGAAGGUUUUAUGGGUCAUGGGAUUUACAAGCUGAUGUCAGACAAGGAAUGGUAGAAAAUGCUUCUUACCAUUCUGUUACUUGGGAGAAAGAAAUUAAAGAAGGGAGUUGGGUUUUCCAUCAUAUCUUGAGGACUUCAACAAAGUAUCCAUGGUUGAUGCUUUAUCUAAGAUCCGAUGCUACACAAGGACUUUCUGGUGGAUAUCACUACCCUACAAGAGGAAUGUCCAAAAUUAUUCCGGAAUCACCAAACUUCAAAGUGAGAUUCACAUUGAAUGUAAUCAAAGGUGGGGGUCCAAACAGCCAGUUCUACCUAAUGGACAUGGGGAGUUGCUGGAAGAACAAUGGGUCCCCAUGCGAUGGAGAUGUGACAACAGACGUAACCAGAUACAGCGAGAUGAUCAUUAACCCAAAUACAACUGCAUGGUGCCAUCCCAACAACCUCAAUGUCUGCCCUCCUUACCACACCUUCUCCAAUGGCACCCGAGUCUACCGCAACGACACUGCGCGGUUCCCUUACGCCGCAUAUCACAUGCAUUGCUCGCCUGGUAAUGCACAGCACUUGGAGCAGCCUUUCAAUCCGUGUGAUCCGUACAGCAACCCUCAAGCUCAGGAGAUCUUGCAGAUUCUUCCUCACCCUGUUUGGGGUGAGUAUGGAUAUCCCACAUCCCAAGGUGAGGGCUGGAUUGGAGAUCCCAGGACAUGGGAACUCGAUGUUGGGAGAUUGUCUCACUCGCUUUACUUUUACCAGGACCCUCGAACACCACCAGCUAGAAGGAAAUGGAUGUCUAUAGAUUUGGGAACUGAAAUUUUCAAAGAUCCUAAUCAGGUUGCUGAGUGGACUGUUAGUGAUUUUGACAUUGUCAUAACUAGACAAUGAAUGAAAGCCAUGGACGCAUACAAAGCUCCAAAAAUGAUGCAGAAAAAUUGAAGUCUUGGGGAUUUUUUUUAAAAAAAAAAUUUUAUAUAAUUUUUCUUGGUUUUACACAAAAUUCUAUGUUUUAUAUUUUUCUUUUUCCCUAAGAAAAAGCAAUUAUUUUAUUCUUAGAAUUUUAUUCUUUUAUUAUUAGGUAAUAUAGGAAGGGGUGAGUUUUUGUAAUGU